UAUAGCCUCGUCCAUUUCUGUGCAAUAACGACAUUUUACGACAGUGCCGUGCGUGGUUUUUCAGUUCUCCAGAGUGAUACCGGCUGGAGAAACGCAGUAGCAAGAUAAUACAAGAGAACGGGGAAGCUAGUUUUACUGCCCAUACCUGGCCCUUCGUCGCUGAUAAGAAACCUGCGUCUUCUCUGGUAAACAUAAACCUAGCCGUUAAAUGUGGAAAUAGGGCUGAGGAGAGAGCGACGCGAAGGACGGCAACAACAAAUUCUAACUGGGGUUGUGAAGUAAGUUGCCUCCCAAGCGGCGCUUUAAAAGGAAGCAGAAGAUAAUUGACCUAAACAACAGAGAGAAUGGACUACGAUUUCAAAGUGAUGCUGACCGGAGAGAGAGAACGUGUCGAGGACCUGUUUGAAUACGAGGGAUGCAAAGUGGGAAGAGGCACCUACGGCCAUGUAUACAAAGCAAAGAGAAAAGAUGGGAAGGAUGAUAAGGACUACGCCCUCAAGCAGAUUGAAGGCACUGGCAUCUCCAUGUCGGCCUGCAGAGAGAUUGCAUUACUGCGGGAGCUGAAGCAUCCUAAUGUGAUCUCACUGCAGAAGGUGUUCCUGUCACACGCAGACCGCAAAGUCUGGCUGCUCUUCGACUAUGCUGAGCAUGAUCUCUGGCACAUCAUAAAGUUCCACAGGGCGUCCAAGGCUAAUAAGAAGCCCCUGCAACUGCCCAGGGGGAUGGUCAAGUCCCUGCUCUACCAGAUCCUGGACGGCAUCCAUUACUUACACGCCAACUGGGUCCUACACAGAGACCUGAAACCUGCAAACAUCCUGGUGAUGGGGGAGGGGCCGGAGAGGGGUCGAGUAAAGAUCGCGGACAUGGGCUUUGCCCGCCUCUUUAACUCACCACUGAAGCCUUUAGCAGAUCUGGACCCUGUGGUGGUCACCUUCUGGUACAGGGCACCAGAGCUACUGCUAGGUGCCAGGCACUACACCAAAGCCAUCGACAUUUGGGCAAUUGGCUGCAUCUUUGCCGAGCUGUUGACGUCUGAGCCCAUCUUCCACUGUCGCCAAGAGGACAUCAAGACCAGUAAUCCCUACCACCACGACCAGCUGGACCGCAUCUUCAACGUCAUGGGCUUCCCCGCUGAGAAGGACUGGGAAGACAUCAAGAAGAUGCCGGAGCACUCCACUCUGAUGAAAGACUUCAGGAGGAACACGUAUACAAACUGCAGCCUUAUAAAAUACAUGGAGAAACACAAAGUCAAACCAGACAGCAAAGCAUUCCACUUGCUCCAGAAGCUACUGACUAUGGACCCGAUCCGCAGGAUCACAUCUGAGCAAGCCAUGCAGGACCCUUACUUCCUGGAGGAACCACUGCCCACCUCAGAUGUGUUUGCAGGCUGCCAGAUCCCAUACCCCAAGAGGGAGUUCCUGACAGAGGAGGAACCAGAGGAUAAGGCAGAGAAAGUCAGAAAUAAGAACCAGCAGCAGGGGAACAACCACACCAACGGGGCAGGACAUACUGGUAACCCUGACAACAGCCACGCACAGGGCCCUCCCCUAAAGAAGGUGCGAGUGGUCCCGCCCGUCACUACCUCAAGUGGCCUCAUUAUGACCUCAGACUACCAGCGCUCCAAUCCACAUGCUGCCUACCAGAACCCCGGACCAAGCACAUCACUGCCCCAAAACAGCAUUGGAUACUCCUCUACCUCCCAGCAGCCCCCGCAGUACUCACAUCAGACCCACCGCUACUGACCCCUGACCCAGCCCUCGCCUGGCCCACUAGGGAGAAUGUACUGAGGGAGGUGGGUGUGUCCAUGGCAAUACCCUCCCCCCACAUGUAACCCACCGGUCCACCCUCACUGCAGUAGUCCGUUGGCCCAGUAUGAAAUACAAUGAGCCCAUCCUGAAAAUUACAACUUCAACCAUGAGCAACACAUGGAGACUAAACCACAAAACUAGAUGGAGAAGAACGGAUGCUGUCAGUUGGUUCUUCCCUUGUUCCUUACGCUCUUCGUCGCUGUGUCUAUGAACAUUAUAAAGUUAACCUUCAGAACUGGUACUUAACAAAAGCCACAACAUGACAAGCAAACAAAAGAUGGCUUCUUUUGCAGUAAAGGCCACCCAGAGUGUUACCCACUCCCUCCUUUCCUUCUCACCACCUCCACCAAAGCUCUCCCCCUUUCCAGCCAGAUCCCCUCUUCCUGUUGAAGCUUCGAUCAGACUAAAGCUGCUAUGUGACUGCCAGCAUCGACAGAGUACAUGCCCCUCUGUCCUCCUGUCUCUGUCCUCCUGUCGGUCUUUCUUCUUCUCUGUCUGUCCUCCCUUCCGAGGGCGUCUUUGCUGGGGACCGAACUGAGCUGCUGACAGGAGUAUGCUGGGAGUUUAAGGGGCCCCAUCCACAGCUCUUGUUGGGGGCGUAAUUGAGACAAAAACAAAGGAAAAAAAACGACAAAAGAAAAAAUACUUGAUAUUAGUAGUUUAUAAUUGAAUCUGUUUUCCUUGGUUUUCACUGACUGUAUAAAAAAAGCAAGUGGCGAAGCAGCUUCCGUUGGCCUGAGAGCAGCUGUUUUUAUCGCUGUGGGCAAAACCUUUGAACUUCAUAAUUACAAAACCAACCAAUCGUGUGGAGGACGGCAUAUGGAACAUGUAUUGUAUUUAAAUAUUUUACAUGAAGCAAGUAUCCUGUCAAUAAAAAGUGGAAAUGUUAA